CCGUUAAACGAGAAUACGAGAGAUCGAUAUCGCUGCUCAAAAUUAACCAAGAUAUCGAAAAAGUGGUUUGUUACAGUUACUGUAUUUGUACUUGGAUUAAUAAACGAAAACAAUGGCCAGUGAGGUGGAAGAAACUAUGAAGAGGAUACAGUCCCAUAAGGGAGUGGUAGGAACUAUUGUUGUAAAUUCUGAAGGUAUCCCAAUUAAGACAACAAUGGACAAUACUACUACUGUUCAGUAUGCAGGAUUAAUAAGUCAGCUGUCAGACAAAGCAAGAAGUGUAGUUCGAGAUCUGGAUCCCACCAAUGACCUCACAUUCCUUCGGAUCCGUUCCAGAAAACAUGAAAUAAUGGUUGCUCCUGAUAAAGAAUUCAUUUUGAUCGUCAUUCAGAAUCCAACAGAGUGAAAAAUAUUUACUGUGUUUCUGGAAAGUGGACUAUGAUUGCUUAGUUUUGCUGUGUAAAUAUAAAAUGUAUCUUGUUGGUAAGACAUAAUGCAAACUUCCAAAUGGUUUCAUGUCAGUAUUUAAUUUUAUACUUUGUACAUUGUAUAAAUGUAGAAGGAAAUAGCGUAAUAGAGGUCAUCAUAAAAUUAAUUAUAGGUUCACAUUUCAGGUGUGAGUAUUGUGGAAACAUCAAAUUUAAUAUAAUGAACUACAUGUUCUUGUGUAUGCAUUUUUAAAUAAUACACCUAUUGCUUCUACUGAGUCCACUGUAUUUUCACAAUAUUUAUUACACAAUAUACUAUUGUAACAGCCACAAAUGCCAAGUAUUGUAUGCACAAUCAUGCUUUAGGUUAUUUCCUCCUUGCUUGUAAUGGUUCUUCUAUCAUAUAAGUACAGAAAAUGCAUCUCUGUAUUGAACAGUGUUGGUAAUUAAAAUAUUCACUAUUUAAAAGUCA